AUGACCAAGUUCGACGAGGCAAAAGCAUACGCACCACAAGAGGAGGGGACGGGGUUUUUCGACGACGGUCGCGAGAUCGAGCUCCUCCACUUUGUGUAUUCGCAUCCAGACCUGGAGAACAUCCGAGGUUCACCGGAGAAGGUGCUCGCGGCCAUUGAUGAAUAUGGACGAACAAAGAAAUACCUGAUGAAUGUGGGGGAGGACAAGGGCCGGAUCGUCUGCGAUCUGAUCGCUGAGGUUAAACCAAAGAUAAUGGUCGAACUCGGAGGCUAUGUUGGCUACUCUUGCCUGUUGUUCGGCAACGCCGUCCGGAAAGCGGGCGGCCACCGCUACUACAGCCUGGAGAUGAAUCCCGAAUUUGCAGCGGUGAUCAUGUCGCUGGUCGAUCUCGCCGGUCUCUCGGACAUCGUCAAAGUGAUUGUCGGCUCCAGCGACGCCUCCGUUGCGCGUCUGCAUACCCAGGGCCUGCUCAAACACAUCGACCUGAUGUUCCUGGAUCACUACAAACCGGCGUACACGACGGACUUGAAACUCUGCGAGGAGUUGAAGCUGAUCACCCCGGGCUCAGUCCUUGCGGCCGAUAACGUCAUCAAGCCUGGGAACCCACCGUAUCUGGAGUAUGUCAGGAGCAGUGUCGAAGAAAAGAGGAAGAAGCUUGGAGAGACAGCGAAGAGUGAGGGCAUUCCCGGGGUGACUGUGGAUCAGUACAAGAAACGCUACAGUGAGAUGAAGUUCAAUCAGAGUCCGGGCAAUCCGAAUCUGGUGUAUGAAAGCCAGUUGGUGCAUAGCUUUGAGCCCACUGGAGUGCCGAACUUCCUCCUCGUUCUCCUCAGCCUUUUCUGUCUCCCAAUCUCUGCCACCAUCACUCUCGUCUCCCUCCUCUUUACCUAUGUCUCCAAAGAUGCUGCCACCCAGCCGAGAUUAUCUCCUACCUCCCACGGCAAAACCAUCCUCGUGACGGGGAUUUCCAUGACCAAAGGGCUGACCAUCGCCCGUCUCCUCGCAAAACACACGCCGCACCGCAUCAUCGCCGCCGACACUGAGCCCAUUCCUUUCACAUCCCCAGGCCGAUAUUCCCGAUCGAUCGCUGAAUUCUAUCGUCUGACACCGCCGCAGGGCGAGAAUCCUAAACCAUACGUCGAUUCGCUGCUUGACGUCAUACGCAGCGAGAGCGUUCAGCUGUGGAUCAGCUGCAGCAGCGUCGUGGGCGCAGUCGAAGAUGGCGAGGUGAUGCGAUCCGCGCAGCAGGAGAGGGGGAAGCGCUUUCACGCUGUUCAAUUCGACAGGGACGUGGUGGGUAAACUGCACGAGAAGGAUGCCUUUGUCGAGUAUAUUCGAAGUCUCGGGCUGCUAGUUCCGGAGUCUCAUCGCUGUACGUCGGUGACGCAGGUCGAGGAUAUCCUCGCCGCCUCGGCACCACAGGAUAAUGAGAAAACUCAAGAACAGGGCAAGAGAUUCAUCUUGAAACCAAUUGGGGUGGACGACAAGGCCCGGAGCCAGAUGAUGACCCUGCUGCCCUUGUCCACUGGGCCCAAAUCCACCUCCUCUUACCUAUCCACGUUGAAUAUCUCGCCAGAAAACCCCUACAUCCUCCAACAAUUUAUCAACGGUCCUGAAUACUGCACGCAUUCCCUGGUCGUCCGCGGGGAAGUCAAGGCCUUUGUGUCUUGUCCGUCCUCCGACCUGCUCAUGCACUACGAGCCCCUCCCCCCGAACUCAACCCUCAACACGAAGAUGCUCGAAUUCACAAAGCGCGUUGCUGAAGACGGCGGAACGGAUUUCACCGGCCAUUUGAGCUUCGAUUUUCUUGUCGAGGGCCAGGGUAAGGACGUGAGAUUAUACCCGAUCGAGUGCAACCCGCGCGCGCAUACGGCGGUGGUCCUGUUCCAGGAUACGGCUGCGAUGGCGGAUGCAUACCUCUCUUGCUUCGAGUCGGAGCUAUCACUGCGUAAGCCACUUGUUGUGCCCAGACAGCCCAGGCAUAGUCAUUACUGGAUCGGACAUGAUCUCGUCACCCUGCUGAUUCUCCCGAUUCUUGUGCUACUUUCUGGUCAGGGAAGUUUUGCGGAGGUCAAACGCGGCAUUGAGACGUUUUGGUAUCAUCUUGUGUGCUGGCGAGAUGGAAGCUACGCGGUGUGGGAUCCGGUGCCGUUUUUCAUGCUGUAUCAUGUGUAUUGGCCGAGCCGGUUCUUGCAGUGUCUGGUCACAGGCCAGGAGUGGAGUCGGAUCAACGUCAGCACGACGAAGAUGUUUGGGUGUUAG